AUGUCUUUGCCCGUCCAGGAUCUCAAAAUGAAUGUGAAACUGAAUGUAUUUCUUGUGCUUAUUGGUUCCCUCUAUCUGGUUGAUGGUGCUGUCUUCAAUGACAGCCACAACCAUCACAGUGAGAGUGAACUGCUGGUGCGUAAAGCCCGUUGGCUGCCGCUGAUCUUUCCACGAGCCAAUCCCACCAGAAUGCAAAUGAUCAUUGGCUUCGGUAUACCCGUGGAGGAUCUCAAGAUAGAGUCCGUGCUCACAGGUUACGUGCUCAAGGCGCAUUACUAUUUGCCCUAUUCCGCCAAACAAUUGAGGGUCAAGGAUGUCCAUGACAUCACGGCACGUAAGCUACCAGCGAAUGCCACCAUCUUCCAGAAGGUAAUGCAGAAAACAGACGAAGAGCUUGGUGUGUCCUCGUGGGAUAUGGAAGAGAAUGUUCAGGCUCUGGCCACCUAUCGCUGGUCGGUGUACGAGGCCUUCCAGGCUCUGGCCAUUCGCAUGAACCUCCACGGACGAGAGUGCAUCCUGAAGAGCAUCUGUGAGAGUGCGGCAGCUCCGUUCGAUGACAGGAAUGGCCUGCUGGGCGAACUACUCCACAUCCUGCUCACACCCUCCAGUUCUGUGGAUACUUUGUCGGAGCAUUCGGACAACGAUUAUCUGCAGGCAGAACGCUUGGGCGCAGCUGGCACCGACUGCGAUCAGGUAUUCCAGAGGUGCCCCAACUCAUUGCUGCAACACUUCAGCGAUGUUCAUCAUUUAGGCAGCGAGUUCCUCCGAAUGUUGGGCUGA